UUUCAUACAGGAAGUUUAACUCUGCCAAAUCAGUCAUAUAUGCUGGAGUGAAUGGUAUUAACUAUUGACAAAUAAUGGCAAAUGAAGUCCAAAACGUCGCUGAAGGUGGUUUAGUUGGUGGUUCAAAAUUAAAUCCGGACGGUGAAAUAGGCUCCAGCGCAUUAGUAUCAGAAGCGACAUUUAAUUUCGAAAUCACUAAUUUCAGUCAAUUGAAAGAACCAGUAUUUUCAUCGCCAUUUUACGUAAGAGAUUUACCUUGGAAAAUAGUAGCUAUGGAAUAUACAUGUCGAAAACAUGAUAAAUCUGAUGAAAAAUUACUUGGAUUUUUUCUACAAUGCAAUGGUGAAAGUGAAUGUAGUUCAUGGUCAUGUUGGGCAGUAGCCGAAUUGCGUUUAUUAUCAUACAAACCCGAUAUCGAACCAUUUUCUAGGAAAUUACAACAUUUAUUUUAUAAUAGAGAAAAUGAGUGUGGUUUUUCCCAUUAUAUGAAAUGGAAUGAAAUUUUGGAAUCAGAUAAAUGUUUUGUCAAAGAUGAUUGCAUUACGUUAGAAGUAUAUCUUCUUGCCGAUGCUCCACAUGGUAUAUUUUGGGAUUCAAAAAAGUAUACUGGAUACAAUGGGCUAAAGAAUCAAGGAGCCACAUGUUAUAUGAACUCUUUAUUGCAGACUUUGUAUUUUACAAAUCAGUUGCGAAAAGCUGUUUAUAAAAUUCCAACGAAAUCAGAUGAAAGCACUGAAUCAAUUGCUUUAGCAUUGCAACGUUUAUUUCUUGAUUUACAAUUUAGUGAUAAAACAGUUAAUGUUAAGUCAAGCUUUUGUUGGGAAACCCAAUGUUUUCCAAACAAACAUUUAUACAACAAUAACCAUUAUAACAAUUUAUGCAAUCAUUCAUUUAUCCAGCAUGAUGGUCAAGAAUUUCUUAGGGUGUUGUUGGAUAAAUUAGAAACCAAAAUGAUAGGUACAUGUGUUGAAGGCACUGUGCCAAAACUGUUUGAAGGAAAAAUGGUAUCUUAUAUUAAAUGUAAGAAUGUUGCAUACACUAGUAAACGUUUUGAAACAUUCUACGAUAUACAAUUGAACAUCAAGGGGAAGAAGAACAUUGUGGAAUCAUUUAAAGAUUAUAUCGCCCAUGAAACAUUAGACGGUGAUAACAAAUAUGAUGCUGGCGAACAUGGACUACAAGAUGCUGAAAAAGGUGUUAUAUUCUCAUCAUUUCCACCAGUACUUCAUUUACAUUUGAUGCGAUUUAAAUACGAUUCCAUCGCUGGUUGUACUGUAAAAUUUAAUGAUCGAUUUGAGUUUUAUGAACAUAUUUGUUUAGAUGAAUAUUUACAAGAAAGUGAAUCAACCCCAGCCGAUUAUACUUUACAUUCAGUAUUGGUACACUCUGGUGAUAAUCAUCGUGGACAUUAUGUUGUAUUUAUAAAUCCAAAAGGUGAUGGUAAAUGGUGUAAAUUUGAUGAUGACGUUGUAUCACAUUGUACAAAACAGGCAGCAAUUGAAAAUAAUUACGGGGGACCUGUCGAAGAAAAUUUUACUGCGAAACAUACUGCUAACGCAUACAUGUUAGCUUAUAUACGUGAUAGUGAAUUAAGUACCGUACUUCAAGAGGUGACUGGAGCAGACAUACCUAGUGAACUUGUUGAAAGAUUAGAUGAAGAGAAACGUUUAGAACAAAUUCGACGUGAACAAUUUUAUGAAAGAUUUUACGAACAACGAAAAAAAAUUAAAUUAACAUGAAAAUUUUAUUCAGAAUAUUAC